UCAGCGCUGAGGCAGUAUGGGACCAUGUGACCAUGGCCGACCGAGAGUUGGCGUUUAAGGCCGGUGAUGUCAUCAAGGUGCUGGACGCGUCCAAUAAGGACUGGUGGUGGGGUCAGAUCGACGAGGAGGAGGGCUGGUUCCCCGCCAGCUUCGUACGGGUCGAACCCCACCCUCCUCAACCCCAAACAAAACAGCUUUUCUAUAUCAACCCCAUAGCAACUCCUCGGUUCCAAAACACUACGUCUAAGGAGUGUGUGUGUUGGUCUCCUCAGCUGUGGGUGAACCAGGAGGAUGGGGGGGUGGAGCCUGUGGAGGGGACCAGUGAAAUGGCUAACGGUCACCUGGAUCCGACCAACGACUGCCUGUGCCUGGGCUCGCCGCUUCAGAACCGUGACCAGAUGAGAGCCAACGUCAUCAAUGAGAUUAUGAGCACAGAGAGACACUACAUCAAACACCUCAAGGACAUCUGUGAGGGCUACCUGCGUCAGUGUAGGAAGAGGGUAGACAUGUUUAACGAUGACCAGCUGAGGGUGAUCUUUGGGAACAUCGAGGACAUCUACCGUUUCCAGAUGGGCUUCGUUAGAGACCUGGAGAAACAAUACAACAACGAGGAACCACACCUGUCUGAGAUAGGACCCUGCUUUCUAGAACAUCAAGACGGCUUCUGGAUCUACUCUGAGUACUGUAACAACCACCUGGACGCCUGCAUGGAGCUGUCCAAGCUGAUGAGAGACGGGAGGUACCAGCACUUCUUCGAGGCCUGUCGUCUGCUGCAGCAGAUGAUCGACAUCGCUAUCGACGGCUUCCUCCUCACACCCGUGCAGAAGAUCUGCAAAUACCCCCUGCAGCUGGCCGAGCUGCUCAAAUACACCGCACAAGAACACAGUGACUAUCGCUACGUGGCGGCGGCGCUGGCAGUGAUGCGUAACGUCACUCAGCAGAUCAACGAGAGGAAGAGGAGGCUGGAGAACAUUGACAAGAUCGCCCAAUGGCAGGCCUCCGUCCUGGACUGGGAGGGUGAUGACAUCCUGGACCGGAGCUCGGAGUUGAUCUAUACAGGAGAAAUGUCUUGGAUCUACCAGCCCUAUGGACGCAGUCAGCAACGUGUCUUCUUCCUCUUUGAUCACCAGCUGGUCCUCUGUAAGAAGGAUCUGAUUCGUAGGGACAUCCUGUACUAUAAGGGCCGUAUCGACAUGGACCGCUAUGACGUGCGGGACGCCAUCGACGGACGUGAUGACGACUUCAACGUGAGCGUGAAGAACGCGUUCAAAUUGCACAACAAAGACAGCGAGGAGCUCCACAUCUUCCUGUCCAAGAAACAGGAGGAGAAGAUGCGAUGGCUCCGGGCUUUCCACGAGGAGAGAAAGAUGGUGCAGGAGGAUGAGAAAAUCGGGUUUGAGAUCUCAGAGUACCAGAAGCGUCAGGCAGCACUGACUGUGAGGAAGGUAUCUAAACAGAAAGGUGAGACAACACGAAGACACCAGGUGAUUUACCUUUCUUUCUCUCUCGCUCUCUUCUCUCUCUUCUCUCUGACAGUCUGUCUUCUCAUCGCUGUUUACUUACCGAGCCUUACACAUACACGUUUACCUUGGUCUGUCACACACCCACACACACUCCGUACAUACACACACUCCGUACAUACACACCACACAUCACUCUUUCACCUACGCCUCUCACCAUGUCUGACCUGAUCUUCUCUUUCUGUUUACAAAAAUCGAUUUACAACCAUUCCAAGAGCGUCAAAUCUAGUCACACAUUAUCUCCCAGAAGAGCCUUGUCAAUCAAACGACUGCUAAACACCAAUGAAAAGACAGAGGGGUUUUAUGCUUCAUGGUGAAUAUAAUCUUAUCUUGAAGUGAAAAUGCAGAAGGUGUACAGAACGCCAGUUGGAUGGGUGUUGUUUGCCAUUGUUGAUGUGAUGUGUGUUUGGUACCGUUUAGACCCAUCAUAACAGAUGUGUUGUUUGCCAUUGUUGAUGUGAUGUGUGUUUUGUACCGUUAGACCCAUCAUAACAGAUGUGUUGUUUGCCAUUGUUGAUGUGAUGUGUGUUUGGUACCGUUAGACCCAUCAUAACAGAUGUGUUGUUUGCCAUUGUUGAUGUGAUGUGUGUUUGGUACCGUUUAGACCCAUCAUAACAGAUGUGUUGUUUGCCAUUGUUGAUGUGAUGUGUGUUUGGUACCGUUAGACCCAUCAUAACAGAUGUGAGUAGUCUCUCUGUGAAUGUUGUUUCUGAUGACACAUUCCUCAGUGUAGGUGCUCUAUGUUUAACUGUUGCUAAGGAGGCGCAAGUGUCAAAAGUAGUUUGCAAUUUCGUCAAUGGCAUUUUUCCAGCCCUAAUGCCAGGUUCCACAUUUUACCUGUCUACCAUCAGCUGACUUGCGCUGAGGUGGGAGGGGUGGCAAUAUUUGAGCUGUGUCUUUUUUGGGGGUACAGGUUAGUAAUGAGACUAUAUACUGGGGGUGCAGGUUAGUAAUGAGACUAUAUACUGGGG